UAUGGCUGUUUAAUUGUUCCCUGGUGGUCAACCCUUGGUCUGGUAAUGGAGAAUGAAUGUGCCAUUUGCUUGGGCGGAGCUGAUUGGUGACAAAAAAGGCUGGGGAGGUGUUUCAUGGCUAUGUAUUUAGAGGUCCAGAUCACAUUGAAGACUUGCAUCUGAAGAUCCCUAAAAGGUAGGCAUCUUUCCUUAAAGCUAGUUUGACUGGAAUAUGCUUGAGGCCUACACCUGAUCCACUCUGACAUUUUUUUUCUCCUUUGGUGUCCGAUGUUUCUAAUUCACCAUAUUUAGCCUGUGGAAUAAGUUGCUAGUGCAAAUUCAAAGUAGAACUUGAUUACCUAUAAGGCUAGUCUUGGUUGGAUGUGUUAGACACAUUUACACCAGUUCUACAUUUCUGCUUAGUUUUGGAGGGGGGGAGCACUAUAAAGUGCUUGAAAAAGGUGGCAAGAACUUGGGUGCCUUCAUAAAGGUGUUUAUGGCUGGGCUUUUUUUGGUUGCCAAUUCAAGUGCAACUUGGACAAUUUGAAGGGGGCAUGAAAUUUAUCCAUGAUUUGGCACCCAUUUUUCUAAUGGACACAGCCCGUAAAUGGUUCAUUUUCUAUGCCCCUGGUUGUAAAUGUUUAAUCUCCCUAGCCCCUGCUUGCACUUAUCAAGGGUUCCAUAACUUCUCAGAUUUGGGAUGCAUGGCUUGGCUUAAGGCCCCAGUGGUCAUUAGCCUAGUACACAUCUAUGAACUUGUAAGCAUUUGCUUAGUAUUGUUCAUGUGUUCCUGUACAGAACCUACAGCCAAGCCAUGAUCCUGCUUAUGUCUGCAGUUAUCUCUGGUAAAAGUGAGGCGCCUCAUGAGAGCGAGAGCCUGACUUCCUCUGAGUGAGGAAAUGGAGGGAAAUUCAGUCUCCCCCACCCCAAUGUUGACACUGAAGACUGUAUUUUCCCCAUCUCAGCCACAGAGGAAAUCUCAUUUGAAGGCACACUGUUGCAGUUGAGUACUUCAGGUGUGAAGCAGAGUAGACAUCAGGUGUCUGAAAAGUUCCUCUACAAAAACCCUGUGAUGGAUCCAUCUACAACAGUAUAGACUGAAAAGGAUAGGAUCCAAAUUGGUUCCAGCACCAGUACUCUUUUAAAUGACAGGGAAAGCUGUGUGUGAGAUCACUGUGGAAAGAGGGCAUCUGUAGUCUCCAUUGACCUUCAGGGCCAUAAAUUCCGACAUAUGGUCAAGUACCACUGAGCCAAAUCAAGAAGAGUAUUAGAGAGCUGGCUGUUAGAAACCUGAGGACAGAAUUAUUGCAGUUCAUCCCAGCUAUUAGGUGCAAACCCUUAUGUGCUUUUGGUGCUGUGGACAAUGCAUCCAGGGCAGCAACUGAGGGAUCUGUCGUAAGACAUGAAUGUUUGAGGGUAUAAUUCCUGCUGGAUGUAGACGUUCAGCUUUAGUGCACUCCUGUACAAGGAUCCGCUCUUUGGGGACCCCAGUAAUGAAGUAUUGCUCCUCUUGUUUUGACCCUUGGUGUUCCAGAGAAGGAAAAGUUUGUCCACCUAAAAAAGAAAAUAGUAUGGAAAGGGAGACGAAUAGGGAAAGCCUGGGGUGGGGGUUAUGAGCAUCUGUUUGGGAGUAGCCAUGACUUGUGUAUACCAUCUCUGUAGCUUCCCUUUACCCAAACUCUUGCCCCAGCUGCAGUGUUAAAAGUAGAUAGAGGUAACCCAGUGACUUAACAAGUUGACAUCUAACCCUACUCCGCCAGCAAACCAAAUAUAUUUAGUUCCCCAUGUUCUGCAGGAACUUCCAGGGGAAGGUUUGUAUCACUCCUGCCAAGAGAACAAAGUGGGGUUCUGUUCGGGGGUUGUUCAGGUUUCCUACAAAGGAAGGGCCAUGGAGACUUUUCAUAGGUCUUCAAAACAACGCUUCCAAGUACCCUGUUUCAUAAUGUUAAUGUUGCAGGCUGUGUGGUCACUGUUUUCAUAUGCACUACUGAUUAUUUUGGGUUUCAAGGAUGUCCAUCUUUAAAUUCCCAGUCACAAAGACCGCAGGUGUUUCCUCAGAUUUGGGCAAGGAGCUUCCUUGUACCACGUUAUGUCCUUGCCUUGUUUGAUGCUGUAGCCAGUUUUCACCAAGUGCCUGGCGCCAUUAAUGGUAGCUGCAGAACAAAGGGCAUUCUCAUUUUUACUUUCCUGAAUGUCGACUGCUUUCAGGCACUUCCUCCACCAUUGCCAUUUUUUUUUUGCAAGUCCAUAAAACCCACAGCAGGGGGAGGGGUGCUAGUCCCAAAUGGUCUUUUGUUUACCCCAUUUUUCAGAUGUCAAGCAAAACUGAAGGUUAUUUACUAAUUUCAUAUUGUCCCCAGGCAGUAAGAUUUUCUAUUUAGCAGUUCUUUGGCACAUCCAUUUUAUUUGACUUGAUUAAACCUCCCUGCGACUCCAGCUGGAUUGUUGCACCCUCAGUUGACAGCAUGGGUUAAAUAUUGAUUUUUUUAUGAAAUUUCCUGAGAGAUUUUUGCUGUCGUUUCUGCAGUGUCUUCGAAAAAGUCUUGGAAGGAAACAUGUUUAGACUUUAGAUAAAAACAUUCACCCCUUUUCUACCCCCAUACCCUGUAGCAUUAGCUCUUCAGUGUGUAUGAAGGUUUUGAGAUGGAUCCUUGUUCCUUCAUCAGUGUUAGUUUGGUGGUAGUUUUGAACUUCAUUGCUGUCCACUUGUAAGUUUGUAAGGCUUUACUGUGACAUGUGCAGUCUUAGGCACCCCAUUUAAUUUUAUUUAUUUAAGUAGGUAAAUCCAUUGGACAGAAGUGACUAUUUUCCAAGGGUGGCCUGGUGGCAAGGUCUAGGGAAGUCACUAGCUCGGUCGUGCACAGGCAGACGAUGGCCAAAGGAAUCAAACUGUAAACUGGUGACGCUUACAGCUGUAAUCCUCUCUGGACUGCCAUUCGUACCUGAAAUUAUUUUUAUUGGAAAUGCUUAUGUUUCUUGCAGGAGAAAUGGAUGUUUACCGAAAAAAAAACAAAAUGAAAAAGCUUAUGGGGGGUUUGCAUCAGCUAGUGAAUGAGUUGCAAGUCUUCUCUGUAAAUCCACAUUAUCUGACCAUUCAUAAACAAAAGGUUUCUUUCCUUUCGUAAAGGUAUUAAGUUUUUACUAAUGCUCUUUCACUGCUAAUGUGAUAACAAGCUGAAUCGGUUAUCUGUCUCUCUUGAGCUUUCAUUCAGUCUGACCAAAAGUUAGUGGCUUCACUGUGUGCACAGCUUAUAUACUGUUAAGGUACAACUAAGCUUGUAUGAAAAGAUAUGGUUUUCUUUGACAAAGGUAAUAAAAGCUACCAAACUGUUUCUCCCCAUUUGUUCUGUGCAUGCAUAUUAGUAAAAUCUGGUAGUUUUAAAGCCGUUUUGAGGCUCAUUCCAUCAGGGCUGUUUGCAUCCACCAUAUUUUGUAAUACUACCUUGGAAUGACAUUCAUGCAGCAGUUAUCCACUUUUUAAACUGAGUACAUCUUCCACUGUCUAGUGUUUUGGGACGAUAGUCAAGGGAUUUAUUUCCUUAGGACUGCAUCCUCUGAGGUUAAGCAUGUAGAUGCUAUCGUAGCUCCUGCAGCUGGAGCUCUGCAGUGUCAAAUGUGAAAGGUUUAGUACGCGAUGAUUGUGCAUCUAAGGUAACCCACCCACCAUUUCCUACCCUUUUAUUUUCUUAUCUUACAUGUGCAUGUAACUUCUCCCUGAUGUAACAUUCUGGUUUUUGGAAGUGUAACUGUUCAUUAAAAACUGAGGGGGUUUCAUAUAUAUAUUGCAUAUGGAAAUCUGCAUAGACUAAAUGUAGAAUUGCUUGUAAGAGGGAAGGCAUAAUGUACAGGCAAGAAUUUUUCCACCUUUGAGGCAUGGCUGAUUUAAGUCUGGUUAAAUUUAAUCUACUUUGGUACCAAAAUGUUGCUGCUCACCUGUUUGCCAUGUAUAGGUUGAUUCUAGUUUCUAGGCAGUAUUGGCUAAAAAGGGUCCCUUACAAAGACGGGAUGCCUUGAAAUUUUUAGAUUUGUUAAUAUGAUGAUGCUUUGCUGUUUCCCAACAGGUAAGUCAGAUGUCACUUUUAUUGCUUUGAGUUUUUUUCUAUUCAAUGGCUUUUUUUUUAACUUGGAACAACUUUUUUAACAUGCUUUGUCGCAUUUAUAUGCUACAGGUUACAAAGUGAGAGCCUUGUAUACACUUCAGUACUUAUAAAGUACCUGUACUCUGUACUGAGCCGGCAGCCUAUUGAAAGUGGGACUAGAAACGGUGUCUUCCAAUAUAUGGAGAAAAAAAUAAAACAUUUAUUGUUCACUGUCCAUAUUUUUUGUAACUGGUACUGCACUUUUGUAGUUUGCUAACCAAUACCUAAAGGUACCCACCUCAUUUUUUAUUGUGUAUAUUGUCCCAAUAAUUGUGUACAGUGAAUAGCAUAUAUGUGUAGUUUUAAGUAUUAGGACGAUGCUGCAUGCACCAGCUGGGACCUACCUAUAAUACUUAUUAAAGGUGCAGUACUUGUUAGCCAUGCAGUUUGCUGUGUAACAUAAUUCCAGGUUCUAUUGUACUUUUAAAUAUUUGUUGGUUUAAAGGUUUUUAACUGUCUAGGCUGCUGUUAGCAGCAGUUUACUUAUUCAUUAUGCACUUUAGUAGCUUAUCUUGUGCUAAGGCACCUGUUUUAGGUGACAAUUGCCAUGCGUAUGCCUUACUGGUGGUGGUAAGGUACACAUGGCUUAGCUGUGACUGAAGUUUUUUCUACCAUGUAUUGCACCAUUAAUAAAAAUGCACAGAUGCAGAACGGGGUGCACACUGCGGUGUUGAGUAAAGGUGUUCUGAAAAGAAAAUAGAACUGCUAUGAAGAAAGGCAUAGUCACUCGAUGAAAAGCUUUGGUUGGAGAUGUAAACCAAGUGCUGGCUGUUCCAAGAGAGCCUCUGGGCUCUGGAUGGUGCUGGCUUUUAAAGGCAAAACCCUUCAUAUCUUCGUUUAUUCCCCCAGCAGCGCUGGAGACAGAGGUAGCUUCAGUAAGCCUGGUGCACCUCUACUUAUUGAUGACGGACCAGAACUUGAGCCAGUACCAGAAGAGAUGGAUGAUUCUGACAAUGACACAAUUUACGUUUCGGGUUUGACUGAAAAUGUUACAGUGGAAGAAAUGGCAGAAUUCUUCAACCAGUGCGGAGUGGUCAAGGUCAAUAAGAGAAAUGGGCAGCCUAUGAUAAAUAUAUUUACAGACAAAGAAUCUGGAAAACCGAAAGGGGAUGCAACUGUAUGUUUUGAGGAGCCAGAAAUGGCAAAGGCAGCAUUAGAUUUUUGUGAUGGUAAGGAACUACAUGGAAAACCUUUGAAAGCAGAAAUGUCAAAAAGAAAGCGUGCCCAAAAUAUGCGUAAGGGCUUGCUUUCUGCACGUGGACUUUUACCCCUUAUGCGCGGAGCACCUAUGGGUCGUGGAGGCUUUGGAAGACCUGGUGAUAGAGGUGGUGAUCGUGGUGGCUUCCCUUCUAGAGGUGGACCCUCAAGAGGAGGUCCUCGUGGAGCUCCGCCUGGAUUACUAAGCACUUCACCCAGAGCUGGAGACUGGCAGUGCCCUGGAUGUGGUAAUAGGAACUUUUCCUGGAGGACUGAAUGCAAUCAGUGUAAGAUUCCAAAACCUGAAGGAUUCGGACCACCACAGCCCUUCCCUCCACCAGGUGGUGAUCGUGGUGGAGGCGGUCCUCCAAUGAGAGGACGUGGUGGAAUGGAUCGUGGUGGCCCAGGGAUGUUUCGUGGAGGUCGCAGUGGUGAUAGGAACAUGUUUCGAGGACGUGGAAUGGAUAGAGGAUUUCCAGGAGGAGGAAGAAGAGGUGGUGGUGGUGGUGGUGGUGGUGGUGGAGGAGGAGGAGGCGGACCACCACCAAGUGGAGCACCACCACUGGAUGCAGUAGGAGGAGGAAGCAGUAGUAGCAACGGUGGAGGCUCUGGUGGAGGAGGUGGAGGCAGCAGUGGCGGCGGUAGUGGAAGUGGAGGUGGUGGUGGAGGUGGCCGAGGCGGCAGACGUGGUGGUGGAGGAAAAAUGGAAAAGGGUGAUCGUGCAGAAAGGAGAGAGCGACCAUAUUGAAGACAAAAAUCCUCUUAAUGUACAUUUACUACCAGAUUUAUUUUUUAAACAAAAGUUUUAAAUUUAUAAUUCCAUAUUUAUAAUGUGACCACACCUUUACAUCAUUCUUUUAGUUUGAAACUCUGUUCACUGCUGGAAGCAGAAAUUAGUAAACUGUUCAAGCCUCAAAAAUACUGUUCAGUUUUUCUCAAGGAUAUUAAUAUGAACUGUUUAAUAGUUGGAGCCGUGACUGUACAGCACAUUCAAAGGAACAGGGGUUGUAGUAAACUGAACAUUUCAUUUGAUGUAAGUGAUUUUUUUUUUUUUUUUUUUUUUUAAGUAACAUUGAAAAGUUUGUAAAUUAAGCUUUUUUAUGGAUUUUAACUCCCAGAUGGUCUGAGCAUGCUAAAGAAAAGUGGUUUAGGUUUCAUCACUGAAUGCAUGCUUAAGCAAAUUGAUUUCCUACCCUUUUUGUUCCAUUUGUACCACUGUAUUUAAACAUUGGUGUCUGUGCUCUUGGGAUUUUUCAAUAAAAGUCUUGAUUUUU